CGCACUCCGAGCAGAGCCGAGUGUAGAGCGCGUCGACCAAAUUUGUCUGUCUCUAUAUUUCUAAAUUCCUUCUAACUAUCUUGGUCGUAUCAUAUUCACACAAAGGAAAGGAUCGCCGCCCCGCUGUCUCCUCCACGACUCCGAAACAUAUCUCACCCCAAAUAAUUCCAUUCCUUUUCCGAUAGGGCUCGCGAUUCCGACCAGCCCUACAUCACAAAAAACGAUCAUCUUGAUUCUUCGAAUUCUUAUAUUCCGUACCGUUGUCCGAUAACACGAUCUGAUUAAUUGGAGUAAUUUCUAUCGUUCAAUGUCCUUUUCCUUCUUUCUUCUUCUAUCCGCUAAAUCACGAAAUAAUCCUUACAGCUUGAUUCUCAAUCCGGUAAUGAACUGUGUGUGAUCAGUCAAAUUAAGGCGAGGUUAUCGGAGGUAUAUAUGGGUUUAUGUUUUUCGUCCGCCGCCAGGCCACGUGUCUUAAACGAUGGGAAGGAUUCCAUCCCGUCGCCGGUCAAAGCAGUCAACGGCGGGGAUCGUACGGUUGCUGCUCUUCUACUCAAUUCCCAACACUCAUCCGGACGUUUUACCGCCGCAGGCAGCAGAGAUGAAGCCUUCUAUGAUUCCCAACCUUGGUUGGAAUCCGAUGCAGAAGAUGACUACCUUAGUGUGAGAGGAGACUUCACUCCAUCGCUGGGGAGCACUCCAGUCCACAACAGCACUAGUGUGAUCUCAACCGAAACAAACAAGUCCCUAAUUAGUUUUCCUUCAGCUUCUUCUCAAGAGAUAAAGAGCAGAAUGAGACUCUUGGAGCUGUUCAAGGAGAGCUUCGGGCCCAAGGAUCUUACAACCGAGGCAGAAACAAAAUCCACCACCAGCAACGGCUCCCCGUCGUCUUUCUCUGACAGGCACAGACACAGUAAUGGAAAAGCACACGAGGACGAGGAGGAGGAGGGGGAUAAACCAUCGAAAUCUGUUGCAGAGUGUUGCUUUCCAAUCAGCCGUAGCUCCCCGGCCGGGAGGAGAAAGAGGACGAGCCCCACUCAAAAUCAAAACUAAAACCAAAAUCAAAACCAUGGCUGAUUAAUUAAUGCCUACGAUCCACCUCAGCUAGCUGCAGACCAAAGGGUAUUAAUAUUUUUGGCAACUUUACAUUGUAGUUUAUCAAUCAAACUCUCAAAGAAAACAACAUGUGGUGUGGUGUAUUUAUCUUGCACGAGAACGAUAAUAAACCACUUGCGGAGUUAAGUUUCUACACCUCCACAGUGUCUGACUGUAUAAGAUAAGAUAAGAUAAGAUAAAUGAGGAACACA